AUGAACCCAAACCAAACACCAACCCCCAAUCCCAAACGCCGCCGUCUAAACACGAGCACCAUAUCAACACCCUCAUCAACGCUCACUAAACCAUUCAAAUCGCCUCUGCGCAGACCAGCCCCAGAACCAGCAUCAGCAUCAGCCCCAGAUACUACCACCACCGCAACUACCACAAACACACCCUCUUCAUCUUCCAAAGACACAACACCCGCCACCCCCAAACCCAACCCCUCAUCUUUCACCACCCCAAUCCCCAAACCCACCCCCAAAAAUACCCCUACCCCCAAAGAAAAGCAAAAGAAAAAAGCAGAAAAAGAAGAAGACCCCACCUUCUCUACCCUCCGCACCACCCACCGGCACCUCCAAUCCCGACUCCUCUCUCUCCGCACCGAACUAGAAACAGUUACUCAGGCCCAUCGCAUCGAGGGAUCCCACCGCGAUGAGGAACUAGAGAAGUUGAUUGUCAAGUGGAGGGGUGUGGGGCAAAGGGUUGCGGAGGGGGUGUUUGAGGGGGCGAGGGAGAGGGUAGUGAGGAUGGGGGGUGUGAGGGGGUGGAAGGGGAUGGAACGGAAUAGGAGUGAGGGGGGUGGUGGGUGGUGGGGGGAUGGUGAUAAUGAUAAUGGGCAUGAUCAUGAGGAGAGGGGUGGGAGUAAGGAGAAGGAUGAGGAAGAAGAUGAGGAAGAGGAGGAAGAGUUCACGAUCGGGAUGAUGUUGAAGACGAUGGGGAUUGAUUUCAAGGUUAUUGGGUUUGAUGGGGAGGGGCAGAGGUGGGUGUGA